AUGUACGGCUCGUACGGCUCGUACAGUUCGACACCAGCCAUGGAGAUCCCAUCAAGAAGCAACACAUACCGCUCGUCGGCCUCCCUCGACGCCAGCUGCGCAUUUCCCAGCUGGCCCCGGCGCGACUCGCUGGGCGACGACCACCACACGCCCCGCGCGAGCUCGUACAUCUCGGACGAGGACCUCGCCUUCCUCUCGGAGCCUGUGUUUGCGGAUGAGGACUCACACUCGGUGUCCAGCUACGGGUCCCAGACCCCGUCGCCGCAGCUAGCACCGGUCCGCCACAUCACCGACGAGGAGAUCGAGGAGAUGCGCCGCGAGCAGGCCAUGCGCCAGCGCGAGUACAUCGCCGUCGUCAUGCGCGAGAAGGAGCAGCGAAGACGGGCCAAGGCAGCCAAGCAGGCCAAGAAGGGCUCUUCCUCCUCCUCCUCCUCCUCCUCCUCCAGGAAGGGUUCCAGCCCCCAGCCCAAGAGCAAGCUGUCUGCCAUGACGCCUAUCGCCGAAUAG